UGCAAACCUGGCUCCGCAGUGAGGCAUUCGAAUUUAGAAUGAGGAACACAACAGGUAAACAAAACACAAUAAUUCACCAAGAUUUGAAAAAUCCUAAAGCAUUCUCCAACAAACUUGCAGAAAUCUCAUCCCAAACUAGAUUAUUAUUGUUUGUUAUUACUCAUUUGUCAUAAUUCUUACCACUCUACUGCCACCCUUCAUUACCUACAAAACAAUGCUUGAAUGUAAAUAUUCUGCCCAAACCAUUUAAAUUUUCAUUGUUGCCACAUACAAAAAGGAUCAUCUCUGAUGGUCAAUCGGAAAACAAGGGAAAACCCGAAGGAGGAGAGCCACACGGGAAUAACAAACACCAAGAUUAGGCAAACCUGUUGAGGUAUAAAAUGGCCGCAAUACGCCGGAGUUAUGGUCAGCCCGCCCUCUGCAUCAAAACCCCAUCCAAACGAAGAAACAAUAAAGGCAAGGAAUCAAUAAUCGGCAAUGGCAAAGUCAAGCACGAUCAUCAUCAUCCUUGCCUCUGCCCUUUGCCUGCUGUCCCUGGUAAAUCUGGGCGAGUGCCGCGAUCGAUUCUUCGUGGAGGGUUCCGUCUACUGCGACACUUGCCGGGCUCAAUUCAUGACCCGCCUCAGUCGCUUCAUGGCGGGUGCGACGGUGAGGUUGGAAUGCCGGGAAGUAGAGAGCGGGAAGGUGACGCUGAGCAAAGAGGCAGUGACGGACGGUUCGGGUGGGUACAGUGUGGAGAUAGAAGGAGAUCACGAAGACGAGUCAUGCGAGGUGGUUCUCGCCAGAAGCAGCGAUCCGGAGUGCGGCGAGAUUCAGGGAUCGUCCUUCCUAAACCAGGCAGCUAGGGUUAGCGUGACCCGCAACAACGGCAUCGUUUCACCGGUUCGAACCGCCAACCCUCUCGGCUUCCUCCGCAAGCAACCGCUUCCUGAAUGCGGCGCCGUUUUGCAUGAGCUUGAACUCGACUCCUUGACUUAAUUUAAUUCAUUUAAUUAUCAUCCCCUUUUUCCCCCCACUAAUUUCUACAGGAGGGGGGCUCUAUUCCCUCAUUCUCAUAUCUUAUUAAUUUCAUAUGUGAUUCCCAUGACCUCAUUAUCAACAGUAAUCUUUGCAAUCA